CCCUCUUCUAAUCUGAUAGUGUUUGUUGGAGUAUCUGAAUGUUUCCCAAGUAUUUAAAUAAAAAUAACACUCCUAUCACUUUCAGGGGAGUGAUCUGGAUUGUGGGAAAGGGGGAACCCUGUGUACCUGAAAGGAAAGUAACUCUGAAAUCUGUACUUGAGACAAGUAGAGUUAGGAAGACUAGAAGAUCAAUUCAGAAGUUGCUAGAAUGGGAAAAUAACAGAUUAUAUCAUAAGCUCGGUUUGCAUUGGAAGCUGAGUAAAAGGAAAUGUGAAACUAGCAAUAUGAUGGAAUAUGUAAUACUAAUAGAAUUCUUACCAAAAUAUCCCAUAUUUCGACCUGACUGAGGAGCAGUAUUCAGUCUUUUAUGUUACCUGCCAUUUCCUACUCUUAGUGCCUUGUAGAUGAUUUUGGAGAGAAGAUGGUCUACUUUGCUGUGACUUAAAAAUGU